UGUUCGACAUGCAGUCUAAUUAUAUCGGUACAUGUUGACCGUCGAUUUCCCUGAGCAGAGCAAAUCGAUCGCGUGUCAUCUGUCCACUGACAUUGAACUGUUCGUUUUCUUCGGCCGAGUAUCGUUUCGCAUGUCCUCGUGGUCAGACGUCUUGUGAUUCCAUUCGCGAAAUCAUAUUACUUCUCGUCAAUAUCAGCUCGAUCUCCAAAAUUCCGAUACUAGCGAUGCAAAAGCGAUUUGUGUUAAAGAGACAAACAGUUCUAUGUAAAAUCAAUCUAUGAACAUAAAGAAAAUUUUAUUGCUCUAACAUCUUCUCUUCGUUUCUUCCUCAAAAGCAGUUACAUAAAAUAAAGUGCGUGGCAAAAAAUCGUCAGUGAGAGAAGCGCGACUGAUUGAUUAACCUGAAUUAUCGAAAUACGAUGGGAAAGAUAAUGUAUACAGCGGUCACUGAAAAGCAGCAAAUGCUGAUGCUGUUUCUCCUCGAGAUUAUCCUAAUCGCGCUAAUAGGGUCAUUGAUGACAUACGGUCCAGAGGCAAAUGCUAAUUUGCUGAAAAAUCAUACUGGUAUCGUCAAAUCUGGACAAAUACAAAAACCACAAGAUGAUCCAUUACGAAUUUAUCCGAAAAUCUUCACGAAAUACGAAAAUAAUUUCGAAGAAGUCACGUCCGAGCACAUUUGCCUCAUGACACGUACAUUGCGGUGGCUUCGUCGGCAUAUAGUCGAUCCCUGCACAAUGUUGAUACGAAUAAGGAAGUGCAGUCCACUAGAGCACGCGAUCACACUUCUUCUUAUCGAGGGUUUUCUGUUGUGUGGUUUUCUUGCUCUGUAUGAUUACGCCCCGGAGGUGGAUGCCAGCAACCGGCUGAAUAGCGUUUAUCCUUAUUUGAAUGGACAAUCGAACUCUCUACCUGUCACACAUAUAUUGUAUCAAGAUGUACAUGUGAUGAUAUGGAUCGGUUUUGGUUUCCUGAUGACGUUCCUCAAGAGAUACAGUCAGAGCGCUGUUGGUUUGACCUUCCUCAUAGGCGCAAUUCUCGUCCAGGUUGCUUUACUCUGCGAUGGCGCAAUGAAUGUGAAAUUAGGACAGAGAGCUUACAUCUCAUUAGGAAGUUUGCUUAGUGCCGAUGUCGCUGUUGCUACGCCGCUUAUCUCCAUGGGAGCAGUUUUAGGCAAAGUGACCUAUAUGCAACUGGUGUUCAUGGGAAUAGUGGAGUUGAUUAUGUUUACUGUUAAUAAGUACGUAGGAGAGCAUCUGUUCAUGGCCGUUGAUGCUGGUGAUAGUAUGUUCGUUCAUGUGUUUGGCGCAUAUUUCGGAUUGGCAAUUAGUUUCGUACUGGGAACGAAGGAGAAAUCGAAGGAGAAUGAGCUGGAGGGAUCGUCCUAUCAGUCAGACGUUUUUGCUAUGAUCGGUACGGUGUUCUUAUGGCUAUUUUGGCCGUCAUUCAAUAGCGCUGCGUUGACAGGAGAUGAUCAACAGCGUGCUAUAAUCAACACUCUGUUAUCAAUAUCCGCGAGCUGCGUGAUCACGUUCGCCGUGUCCGCAUUGGUUUCCAAAGACAACAAAUUCAACAUGGUACACGUGCAAAACUCGACCCUGGCUGGAGGUGUUGCUAUUGGCACAGCCGCAGGUAUGAUGUGUGAACCGGUGGGUGCUCUGGUCAUCGGCGCAAUAUCCGGUGUGAUUAGUGUUUUGGGAUACAAAUAUCUUACGCCAUUUAUACAGAAACAUCUUCAUAUCCAUGACACUUGCGGGGUGCAUAAUUUACACGGGAUGCCGGGCGUGCUAGCUGCAUUUUUUGGAGCACUCAUGGCAAGCUUAGCCACGGAAGCCACUUACGAUUACUCCCUGUACGAAAUCUUUCCUGCGCGGGCCCCAAGCUCAGAGACGAAAAUUAGUGAGAUGCGCGACGAUUAUGGAAUAUCAACGGGAUUCAAUAGAACAGCGUAUCAACAAGCGGGAUAUCAAUUGUUGGCGCUGGCGGUCACCCUUGGGAUCUCCAUUGUUUCUGGAUUAAUAACAGGUUUACUUCUACGUACGAUGAUAUGCGGUUGGGUCACCGAGCAGCAGAGAUUCGACGAUGGGGCUGUUUGGGAAUUGGAAGAUGAAUUUCCGCAAGAAUUCGGAAAGAAUCGAACCGAUAACACUCGUCCUAACGAUCACAUAAACAUGGGCAAUAUUUAACAUGUUGAUAUAAUACGUAAUGUGCAAAAUGCGCAUGUCACGAAAUUAUUUAAGCUUGCAUGCAAACAUUAGUAUUAAGUAGUAAUCUAAUUCUUGUACAAUUAAUUCUUACUUAAUAAUUAAUUCCUGUUUGCACAGUCCAUAGAAAUAGCAAAUAAUUGUGAAAAACCGAUUACUUUACGGCACAAGCAUAGAUUUUUACAAUUUGUUAAGUGCUGAAAAAAAAGUAUUCCUAUAUUAUAUGGGAAAAAUUUAUGUAAGAAAAAAAAU